GAUUAGUUUUUCUCAAACGUUCUAAACAUCUCAAAAUGUUGAAGAAAUCUUUUAUCUUAUCGCUUAUUUUUGCUAUUGCAAUCUUUAAUACUUUAAUUCCUGCUGAAUCACCUGAUCAAGGAAGAAGAUUGAUAUCAGGCACUUCUUCAUCUUCAUUAAAAGCAAGGCAGUCUUGCCCAGCUAAUUUUUUUGAGUGUCCAGAUGGUGUUGGAUGUUGUCCUUUAGGCUCGACAUGCACUACAAACUAUAAAUGCGCCAUUCCUUGUAAUUCUACUACGGUUGUGUGUGAUGCCACUACUUGCUGUUAUAAGAACACCAUAUGUUGUUUUGGCGGAGGCUGCUGCCCUGUAGGUUCUACUUGCGGUAGUAAUUUUACUUGCAUUUAA